AUGAGGGAAGGUAAGAGGUCUAGGGAGGUCUACAUGGUCCUGCUCCGGGAGCCUUCAGCCUGUGCCUGCCUGCAGCUCCUGGGCCCGGGAGGCACAGGCAGGCCGGUCGAGGUGGCCAGAGACGCCACCUGCAUCCUGCUCCUCCUCCCUCCGCAGACCCAAGAUGGAGCAGAGGGUGGCAGUCCCGUGAGUGGGGAGCCAGGCCCCGUGUGCCCCUCCGUGCGGCCUCCCCCUGGGAGCAGAGCCACCCCCCACGGCAACAUUCGUCACCUGGCACGUCUGCAGGGCAGGACAGGACCAUUCAUCUCCACGGCUCCCUUCCCAGGCUGCAGGCGGGAACCGGACAGCAAUGUGAUAGCUCAGCGAACAUCCGUCCAUGUGGAAUGA